AUGGCCGAAAACCGAGCGCUAAUACCUGAGCCUAUCACCAUGUAUACUCAAUCGGAAUCUUUAAAGGAUGUGAAGGACUUAUCUAAGAAUUUGAUGAGUGGGGAGUUUGAGCGACAAUAUACAGGGAUGGAGAAGAGUAGACGGCGACGAGGGGGAACCAUUGUACUGGGGAUUGCUGUAGGUGCUUUAGCUGUGUGGUUGCUGGUACUCACUAUCCUUCGGGAAGUGCAGCUCGCUCGCCUUCAGGCACAGGUUGAUGAGCUGUCAGCAAACAUGAUGGAGAUGACUGUAAACGUUGUAUCUUUAAAUACAAAGCUCACCAGCAACAGGCUCUUCAAUGAAUUCAAAACUUUAGAGGACGCGUUAUACGCUGAUGAAGACCAAGACAGCAAUUUAGUUGAAGACGCCAAAGAUUCGAGUAAAGAAAAGCAAGGUUUCGAGUCUCUUGAAAAGAUAAAAGGUCUAACAGUAUUAGAAGAUGACAGUCAAUUUGGUGACGACGAAGAUUUGUACGAUGGAGACGAAGAUGCGGAGAGCGGCGACUGGUAUCCGGACUACGACAGGCGCAGAGAGAAGAUCGGGACUUCGAAUAUGGUGCAUUUAAAGCCUGAAGAUUUCACAGAUGCUAUGGUAAUUGUUAAAGAGGAGCUGGUAUCCGAUAUCAAGAAAAAGCUUAACAAUGACCCUGAGACAGAAGAUAUAGAAUUAUCAGUAUCUUCGUCAUCAACAGAGGCGCCCAGUAGCCGCGACAAGCGAAGCGUGUUCCCUGAAGCUUCUCCUGAGAAUAUCCCCGACUUUGCUGAACCCAGAAUCAUGUCGAAAAUGGAAGAAAGACGUAAAACCAAGAAGUUCUUACGGAACUCAGACUUAAUGGGCAAGAUGAGCUUACAAACUGUGUCGAGGACUGCGAGAAACAGCAACGACGAGGAUGGCAGCCCACGGAGGCCUUUCAUAGCGGCUCAUUUCCAUGGCAACACGUCACAUCUAAGCCCAGAGAUUCACGAACAUUUCAAAGGCAACGGUCUAGUCCGGGUGGCGCACGGCGCGGCGCACGACGUGUGGUACCCCGCGCCCUGGACCGCCGCGUCGCCGCACCCGCGCCCCACGCUCACCAGGACCGGCCAUAUACACGUACACCAUACUGGAGUUUACUUUGUUUAUGUUCAGAUAUACUACCUAGACAGCCACGACAUAAUUUCCUGGGUGUUGCACCGCUCGAGCCCCUACUCUGAAGAGCGGGAGACACUCCUACAGUGCGCGCAGUCGUCCCACUCUUCAGAGCGUCUCGACAAACCUAACUCAUGCUUCUCUGCUUCUGCUCUCUUCCUGAAAGCCGGAGACAGACUCGCUGUGAGGAACACCGGUGGAGAUAGGCACUCGCUGAUGCAGCCCGAGAAGAGCUUUAUAGUGAUAAAUGCUUUAAGGUGCUACAAUAUGCAUAUACUUUGGCUGUGGGUGGUGGCCGCCUGUACGGUAUCAUGUACGGCGGACCGCGGGGGAUCCCUCCGCGGGGCACUCGAGGCGCUACAGCGUCGUCAGCGAGGCCGCAUGCACGGGCCGAUAGCUCCGGCGGACUAUGAGAUGCUGUAUGACUUCAUACCUCCCCAAGCUUAUCCCGAACCUGAUUACGGUGUCGACGUGGAAGACAUUGAAGAAGAAUCAGAACCAAAAUAUAUUGUCAAAUUACUGGAAGGGAAUUCAAGACCGCCUAAAGCCUAUGAAUACGAAAUCAUUAAAAAGAACUCGGCAUAUAAUAGACCUAAUGUAAAUAAGCAAGAAUCAGCAUUUCGUGAGAGAAGCCAACACUCUGACAAUGACCAGUUAAGAGAUUUGUUUAUGGAUAGAAAUUCAAGAGAAGAAAAUUUCAAAGAAAACGUACAACGAAAUGAUGCUGAGUAUGCGCUUCUCUUAGGAGAGCUUUGGUCAAAAUACAAAAAUAAUAAAAUUCAUGCAACUAAUGAUGAUAAUGCUCAAGGUGUAGUAAAAUUAUAUAAAGAUAAAAUUGUCAAAAAACGAUAUCCAAAUAAUUGGGGCCCCAUAGCUUUUAAAAGGAAGCGCAGUCCAGAUUCAAAUCUGAAUCAAAGGGAGCCAUCUAUAACAGCUGACAACGAUGACAAUAAAGAAAAUUUAGACGAAAUUCCCGGUCCUGUAAAUCCCAACUAUAAUUCAUACGAAGUAUCUAAUGGUGAAGAUGAUGAUGACAAAGACGAUAUGCGUGAAGAAUACGCUAUUGCUUUCCAACCCCUAGAUGAUGAUAGUUUAUCUGACCUAGCAGAUGAAGACCAGUACGCGUAUGACACUAUUGAAAAACGGUUUCCUGUGACGAAGCGAAGUAGUGGACCCUAUAACUAUAAUACUCAAAAGAAAAGAUUUGCUCCAGAUCAUUCCAAGCGUGACAACGCAAAGUCCUUUAGAAGUAGUGCUGGAACAGAUCCAAAAUUAAUAAGAGAUUUGUCGAAAAUAUUUGGUGAUGGUGACAAUAUUAUUAUAAAGUCUCCUGUCAAACGAAGUAGUGGGCAUAUUGAAAACUUGGAAAACUCUCAUGAAACUAAGCCACCGACUUUAACAGUCAGUCAUAACCAUACUAAUGAUUUACAUAAUGAAACAGGACAUGAUGAUGAUACUACUCAUGAUGAACAUAGUCCUAAUAUUCAUCCACCAGGAGUAUCAGGAAAGGAAGUGGUACAUGAACACAUUCAUUAUGAUCACGAUAGUGAUAAUCAUUCACAUGAUCAUAAUCACGCUCAUCAAGAUCAUGAUUAUGACCACAAACAGUCUGAAAAACCGAUCAAAAUUCAAAAAAAAUCAAUUGAUUGGUCUGAUUAUUUCGGAAUUGAUAAGAGACUUAAAAAAUCUGUUUCUUUUGUUAAUAAUCUAAAUGAAGACCGACUAAAAAAACAAUACUUUGACACUUUUAAUAAAGAAGUUAUUUAUCCAUUGACCUCUUUUAGAAAACAUAAUUAUGUUAAACGAAAUUACGUUCAGGCUAAGCCUAAUGUGGAAUCAGACAUGCAAAUGAAUCGUGCUCAAGCUAUUGAAAUUCAAGAUGAAAAGAGGAGUACCGAAUCUGACAAUAAUUCUAAGCUGGAUAAUAUUGACAAGAAGCUUAAGAACAUGGAAGGAUUAAUUGUUGAUGAGGCAUUGCACUAUUCCAACAUUGGAGAGGAACUUGAUUCCAAAGAAGAACAAGAAAUGAAGGAAAAACUUCUUUCUCGUCUAGCAGCGGCUUAUAGUUUGGAAAAAAUGCGCAAAGCAUUAAAAGAUUUUAAACAGAGUCUGCAAAUGCAAAGAGUAUCCUCAGCUAUGCGCUCUUCUCCUGACUCGAAUGAGGCGAAAGAUAAAAGGGUAGCAAUUAAAAAAGAAAAGGUAAUUAUGAGCAACGAAAUACCUGGUCUUGUUAAUAACGAAAAGAAUGACGACUUCGAAGAUGAACAAGGAGCUGGCCAUUAUCUAAAUGGAAAAACCGAAGAACAGCUUUCAGAAGGAUAUAUGGGUGGCAGCGGACGACAUCGUACUCCGAUUAUGUCGACAGUCAGCUCUACCGGCGCAUGCCCAGUAUUGGCAAAGAUUGUACAGAGAUGCCGAGGUGUUGACUUGUUGGCUGGAGAUCGUGGACAGCUGUUUUUACCACUGUGCAGCUUGCAUCAAAUUUGCUAUUUAUGUGGUGAAGCUCCACCUACGACGUGCGAUUUAGUGUUUCUCUCUGAAGCCGACUCAUCUUGCGAGGGUGAUAUGAGUUGUCAACGCGCCGCACGGUCUGCUCUUAUGGCCUUGAGAGAAUUGCACGACAACUUGGCCGACGAACUAGAUGGGGAGUGCGAGGCCAGCCCUUGCCUGCCCGCUACUUUGAAACUAAACUUAGGCUGGCAACGAGCUCUACAACGA